CGAAGACGCAUCGAGCUCAAUGCUUGUUGUGAGAAUACAUAUUUUUAUUUGCAUACCAGUGUUCUUGAAAUUUACCAGUGCGAAGGAUUUGACUGGUUAGAAUUUCCUCGGACCGAUAAAGUUCACAGUACAUUUCAUUAUUUGGACUGAUAAAUAUCUUGAAAUGUCUGAUACCACAGAUGUAGAUUUCAAGAACUCUGGCAUACAGGUUAAUUGUUUAGUAAUGAGGAUUGUUUUUACGCCCCAUCCCUCAGCAGCUACCAGGGCGGCACGGAAUUCUCAAUUUCCCUCUAAGCCAAUGACUACUGCAUACAAAAUUUGGUGAAAUUUACCCAUUAGUAUUUUAGAAGUUGAAAAUAUCCAGACGAGCGACGCAAUACAAUGGACGGGCACAAAUAGGAAUAGGUCAUAAGAAUGACUCAGAUGACCUAAAACGAGUGUAUUAUGUGAACUAAAGCGGCGAAUUACUAACCCAGUUUGGGGAUUAAAUUCUCAGUCAUAUGUGAAGAAAGUCUAGAUCUAAUAUUUUAUUCACGGAUGCACUCAACUGUUUAAAAUCUAAUUUUCUUAAUAUCACCACUAUAUUUCGAGGGGCCUCACCGUGUGUGGGUCUAAAUCUCACAAAAACAACACUAUUCCAACAGUUUUGUGUCUAUAUGCAUCCGUUUGAAAGGAAAUCUGUACGUAUCAUUCUACCUGUGUUUUACUUAGUAUGGGGACUAUAUGGUUAGACUGAAAUAGGAACUUUAAAAACGUUGUCAAAUGAGUCAUUGAUAGGUAAUAGUCUGGUGUACUUUAAAAGUUGUAAACAUUUGUACGAUUGAAUGUGAAUGUGUUACUACAAUGCUCUGAUGUAACACUUUGAUAGAAUAGAAUAUAUAAAUACAUUAACCUGCUAAUUGGGUGUUAACAUGUUAGAUCGUCUCUGGGAUCGCACCGAAGCCCAAAUUUAAUCAACAAAACACUGAAAAAGUUGGCCACUCCGCACUGCAAAGACCUUCACACUAUAGCCUGAUAUUAUAGCGACCAUUUAAUGGUGAUCACACGCUAGAUAAGUGUUGGUUUUAUCACUAUCUAACACCGAUACACCUAUCGGAGUGAUCAAUCGGCUGAUGUCUGCUUUUUCUUCUUAUUUUGCUAUACUUUAAACCUUUCAUGUUAGAUAGGUUUGUCGAAAAACUCGUUUAAGAAGUAAUAUAUCAGAGUUUGAACUUUGAUAGAACCUGGUCUUAUUUGCACAAAUGAUAAUCAUGCUUGCUCUUUACACAACACAAAUUCAUUGAUACUUGUACGUGUAUAUAUCCGAGUCCUCAAUGACGUAUUAUUAUUCUUCAAUCCUUUUCCUACAUAAAACGGUGCAUGUUCAUCGCAGGCUUGGGGGUGACCUUUCGAUUUUUAACGCAGUUUGGCAUUGCAUAUUUGAUAUAUCAAGAAACUUGGAGAGUAAACUAAGUGGUAACCCAAUGUCUUGCAGGAAGUGUGGGGCUUCCAAAUUAUACAACCCACACAAUAAGCUUACAUGUAAACACGCUAAUGAUACCUACCAAACUGUUCAUUGAUAAAUGGCCUGGGAAUUAAGAUAAAAUCGUAACGACUACCUAUAUUGUGCACAUAUUGAGCAUUGGAAGAUCUCAAUAUACACACCGCGGUAUACAAAAGAAAGAUUUAAUGCAUCGUCUGUUCUUUAAACCGCAAUUCAUUCUAUAAGAAAUUAUCAAAUUUGCCCAUUGAAAACAACCUGUAGUGUACUUUCUCUUCUAAUCUCCUGCAAAAGUUGAAAUAUUGUAUUUCACGUCGUCAGAUUUGCUUUUGAUAUAUGAUAUUUGUGAGUUGCCGACCGAACUCUUUGCAUAUCAUUAGCUCGUUUGUUAAAGUACGUCUUCAUUCAUACAUGUAUCUCUGCAUAAACAGUUUACCUGCAUUAGCCACCUAUGAAAAUACAUAAGCGCUCAAUUCACACGUAAUGUAGCUCUAUCUUACUCCGUUGAACAUUCAUGUCGCACCUGUGAAGAAUUCGAAGAGAUAGUACUUCGAGUUAAAUGUGAUUGCAUUUAUACUAGCAAGAACGCUUCCAUUGAUACCGAGUAGGGGUUCGCUUACUCGCAUCCUCAUUGGCUGUGCCUGAUUGUGACAUAUUGUGCGACAUACUCUGAUUGAACUAGGGCGCUUGCUAAGCAUUCUAUCCUCUUCAACGAGACGUGCCGUAUUUUAUUGACACCUGUACCUAAAUAUAACAUCAAACGAUGCCAGGAUCUUAAGUUUUACAAAUUGAUUUCCUUGUAAAUGAUUCAGUGCCUCAUUAUGUCUAGGGAUUCACUGCGGUGACGAUGCAUGGAGUUGCAUUAUUCCAUGUUUUGUGAAGUUACUAUUUUCUGAAAUUUGUCGUCAAACAUAUACACUGGAACCAUGCUAUCGUGGAAACGUUUUAUUCCUAUUACGUGGACGACUACGAUAUAUUUAGUUCAUCUUGUACUUGGGACCAGUGAUUAUGUAAUUCUAGAUCACCGUCAGGGUCGUUUUGUGAACACUUUAGAUAAUUAUGAUAUAACCAUUCCCAUACGAGUAACAGACAGUGGUGAUGUCAUCUCACGUGACCUGCAUCCUCACAAAUUACGUCAUCGUAGAAGUGGUGACGAGAUUUCAGACACGAUACAUUAUAAAUUAAAUGUGAAAAACAGAGAUUUUAUACUCAAAUUAAAACCCAAUAUUAAAUUGUAUAAUCCAUCUUUAGUUGUUGAAAGGAAGAGAAAUUUAUUCAACAAUAUUUCGGACUCUGUCUUUUUGCGAUAUACAAGCAGCAGCAAUCAACACUGCCACUACACAGGAGAAAUCGUGGACAAAAUUAACAGCAAGGUUGCACUUGCACUGUGUGACGGCAUGCACGGAUCAAUCCAUACUGGUGAUACUACAUAUUUCAUCGAACCAAUACGGCAAUAUAAAAAUGAGACCAAUGGUCACCCUCAUAUCAUAUAUCAACAUAACCCAUUGACCAAAACUGACCAAGAUGACUCAUACCAAAGAGACACGUGCGGAAACAAUGAAACAAGGAAAUCCUUAGAGGAAAGAAAACGGUGGGAAGCUGGUCACCAACGAAGACACAGACAAGCCAGACGACAGAAACGUUCUAUAUCCGUGGAACACCACGUGGAAACACUAGUGGUUGUAGACCAGGAUAUGACGGAAUACUACAAAAAUGAAGACGUCACAACUUACGUGCUCACCAUAAUGAAUAUGGUGUCAAACCUUUAUCACGAUGCUUCCCUAGGAAAUGCAGUGAAUAUAGUGGUUGUUCGCAUCAUUCUAUUGGAAAAUGAGCAGAAAGACCUGACCAUCACACAUCAUGCGGACAAAUCUCUUCGCAGCUUUUGUAAAUGGCAGGCAAAGAUUAAUAUGAGGGAUGAAGACCACCCCAAUCACCACGAUGUGGCUGUACUUCUGACGAGGAAAAAUAUAUGUGCUCGAAUGAAUAAACCGUGCAACACACUCGGUUUGGCUCAGAGCUCUGGAAUGUGUCAGCCACAUCGAAGCUGCAGCAUCAGCGAAGACACCGGACUCUCUCUAGCCUAUACAGUCGCUCACGAACUAGGACACAAUUUUGGAAUGGGUCAUGACAAUCGUAGGAACGGAUGUCAAACGUCCAACACGGACCACUAUCUGUACUUGAUGCAGAAUCAGUUAAUGGCUGUCAGCCCCCUGAUGAAGUGGUCCAACUGUAGCAAGCGGGCUAUAACAGAGUUCAUUGAUCGAGGUUGGGGGUAUUGUUUGGAGGACGAGCCGGCUAAGUACAGGGACACGGACUACGAGUAUCCUGUUCUGCCACCAGGCACCAUGUAUGAUGUUGAUCAUCAGUGUAGACUCACGUACGGACAGAACUCGUCUUCCUGUGGUGAGCAGGAGGACAUUUGUACUACACUCUGGUGCCGGAUGGACAACAAGUGUUCUACGCGACUGGAGGCCGCCGCUGAGGGAACAAUAUGUGGUCCAAACAAGUGGUGUUUCAAUGAACAAUGUGUGGAGAUCGGAAAUAGACCAGAAUCUAUAAAUGGUAACUGGGGGGAAUGGAGCAAUUGGUCUUCCUGUUCAAGAACUUGCGGUGCCGGAGUCUCCGCACGAGAACGUCACUGUGAAAACCCGAGACCUUCUAAUGGAGGGAAAUAUUGCAUAGGAGAGAGAAAAAGAUACAGGAUAUGCAAUACAAAGGCAUGCCCAGAAAAUAAGCCGAGCUUUCAGGAAGUACAGUGUCAGGAGUUCAACUAUAUACCGUACCAAAACGGCCUCUAUGAGUGGCAGUAUGUCCCUACCCCAAGGACUCCUUGUCAGUUGCAUUGCAAACCUGAAAACAAGUUUUUCUCUGUCAUGAUGAAGGACAUUGUAGCUGAUGGGACUCGUUGUCUGGCUGGCACUAGAAACAUGUGCAUCAGCGGCAGAUGUCGGCAUAUCGGUUGCGACUGGGGGAUAGACUCUUCAGCAAAAGAAGAUAGAUGUGGUGUAUGUCAUGGCGAUGGUUCAACCUGCGAAACAAUAAAAGACCAAUAUAACGAAACCCAAGGAAUGGGUUAUGUAGAGGCAACUGUGAUACCCAAAGAAGCACGCAACAUCCGAGUGGAGGAAGUGGCUGGGGUAGACAACUACUUGGCGCUUCAGAACGAUAAGGGCGAGUAUUACUUGAAUGGUCAUUGGUUCAUUCAGUGGUCAGGGGACUACAACAUCGCAGGCACCGUGGUGCGAUACAAUCGUCAGGGCAACAGAGAUACGUUUGAAGCCGUGGGACCAAUCACAGAACCACUUCAUAUCAUGCUUUUGAUGCAGACACGGAACCCUGGUGUUGUGUUUGAAUACACUGUUCCUAAAGAAAAUGCGACGGACAGCAGACUUCGUCAAUUCCAUUGGUCUUACAUGGACUGGACACAUUGCACUUCCUCGUGUGGAUCGGGUACACAGAGGGCUAUUGUUGUUUGUUCUGAGAAAGAAGACGGAAUCGUUGAUGACGUAUACUGUAACAAGACACACAAACCGGAUGACUUACAAAGGACAUGUAACACUCAUCUUUGUCCAGCCAGGUGGUGGGCAGGACCUUGGCAACAUUGUUCCGUAACGUGUGGUAAGAAUGGCGUUCAUAAAAGAACUGUGAUAUGCGUUCGGAGCCUUGGGAGUGAGGAACAAAUAGCCCUGGAAGAUAAAUCCUGCGAUGGGGAAGAGAAGCCCAUAGAAGUUGAGCCAUGUCACCACAAAGACCCAUGUCCGGGCACAGCUGAAUGGACAGUAGGAAACUGGACAGUUUGCGAUAACAACCCUUGUUCAGCACAAAUCCGUGAUGUUAAAUGUUCUUUGCCAAGCACUGGUUGCCACAAAACACCAAUUCCAGCUCACAAACGUCAGUGUUUCGAUGUAAAUUGCGAAAAGUGGACGAUUGGAAACUGGUCAGAGUGUUCUGUUAGCUGUGGAUUUGGAGUUCGUUCAAGGAAUGUCACGUGUCCAGAAUCCAAAACGUGUGAUAAAACACAGAAACCAGAGAGCACAGAAAUUUGUGGUCCACUGGAAUGCACGUCCAUUCCAUCCAAGGAAACAGUAAUCGAUUUGAUUGACAUUUCAGAGGAAACAACUGACAGCAUGUACGAACGAAAAGAGUUUAUCGAAAAUAAUCGCAUCAUUAACGAAACGUUAACUACUAUUUCUGGAAGGAACUCUUCAAAAUCUGCCAUAACAAGUAUACAUGUAGGUGACAAAACCAUAGAAACCAGUAAUGCUUUUCUAGACAUUGGACCAACUGAAGAUAUUCCCCUGUCGCUUUUGGAUAUCAAAGAGGGUGGUUCAGAUGCUAAUUUUGGUAAGAAGAAUGUUCAGCAACCAUCAACAUCGGUUGAUCAUGAACAUAAUGAUAAACUUGAAGUUUCCUCAGGCAGUAUGGAUAAAAUAUUUCAAGCACCCUCCAUUAUUCCCGAGUCUGUUGCACACAAAUACAGACAUGAUCAUACAAAACACGAUGGACAAAGAGGGGCACAAUCCCAUGUAUAUACAGAUAAAAAUUCUAAUAUUCCCACUUUACCAGAUAUUAAAAAUUUACAUCCGUUACCAAAAUUACCAUCAUUGCCAACCAUCCUGUCCAGUCAUCCACGAAUUCGUAUGGGACCAAGUGCCAUCGCUGUUCCUUCCGUGUUUGAGUGGUUUCCUAAGAGCUGGAAUCCCUGCUCCCGCAAAUGUGGUGGUGGAAUUCAAACACGUUCAGUAAGUUGUGUCGAUUCGAAAUCAGGCAAAGAAACAGAGGAACAUAACUGCAACAUUGUGACGAAAAUGGACACAAUCCGACCCUGUAAUACAAAGCAGUGCUCGACAUGGCAAGCGUCUACUUGGAGUCAGUGUUCUGCCACCUGUGGAAGAGCCAUCCAAAUGCGUGAGGUGAUCUGUCCUGAGAAUUCAGACUGUGAUCUGGACCAGAAGCCAACUAAUGUACAACCAUGUAUUCUCCCAAAAUGUCUAGCAUGGAAACAUGGACCCUGGAAUACGUGCUCCAAAACAUGCGGCAAAGGACAGCAAAUUAGAGCAGUGCAAUGCAUAAAUAUUACGUCCGAAACAUUGGCAACUGAUUGUGACUUGUCCCAAAAACCAGCGGAAGUGCAAAGCUGCAAUCCUGACCCAUGUCAUCGAGGUCAUUCAGAACUGAAAACAUCAACAUGUAGACGAAAUAGAUUGAACAACAGAGUUUGCCGGAAACUGCGAGAGAGAAACCAAUGCCCUCGUGUAUACGUCAGAGUUAACUGUUGUAGAACAUGUGAAUUAAAUAAAUAUAGAACAAGAUGGAGACCAAGGAGAAGGCAAGCACGAUAGAAAUGCGUAAAGUUAGCAACAAAUAUAAACUCAGUGAUCCGCUAAGAAUCUCAUGAACUAUCUCGCGGUUACGGUUCAUUGGAACCGGAUUUGAGCAAUGUGUUCUGUACCGUGAGGGGAAAUUGACCGUUUCAGUAUUCCAGUCUGCUGAAAUCCAUUACUGUUAUGUUUGUUAUGUCUGAAUCAUUCCCAUAAUUCCACAUUUUAUUGGAGAUAUAAUUAUUUCAUGUUUGAUUUAUCUAAUUUAUAGUAUUGUCAAUGAUUAAGAUGACGCAUGCGUGUAAUGUUGUGUAGCUGAUAGACACGACUGUUAAGGAGUCCAAUCUUACUCUUUAUACUACAAUAGAUAUACUCAAUAACCUUACUAUGUAUAUAAAUACAUGUAUACAAUGCGUACUAAGUGUUUGAAGAUCAUAUUUAUUUGUUAUACAAUUAAUGUUUGUGUACAAUCCUUUUCGUUUUACAACUUUAAAUGAUACUCAAUAAAUACUUUUAAAAUAUAA